UUUAUUCCUUUCUACAAAAACAUUAAUAAUGGUUUCACAUGAGCCAGGAAUUGUAAAAUCAUCAUCAAAUCUACCUUUUCUAGUCAUCUGAGAAUUUCCAAUUUUAAUACAAGGAAUUUCAAGGUUUGAAUGUCUUAAUUUAAUCCUUCCCUCUCAAAGGAGUAUAUCAGCAGAUCCAUUAAUAGUAGUUUGAAGAAUAUGCAUUCCUAGGAUCCCUUCAUCAGCAACCAUGGCUUCAUAUAUGUACUUUAAACUUCCCUAAUUUAAAAUCAAAACAAGACUUCUCUAAUUCAACCAUGGGUGUUUCACAUGCACCAGUCAAUUUUGCUGUUGGGUGCAAUGUAGGCCUCUGACUUUCUGGUAUUUUCCAGUAAACACGGUCUGAAAUAUCAGUCUUUGUGCACCCGUAUCAGUCGUAAGAACUAUUUUAAUUCCUAGUACUUUGUCUCUAAUGUAUAAACCAUUGUCAAUUGUUUUCCUCUUACAAUUUCCUUUACUGAAUCAUUUUGUACAAUUAAUUGAUUAACAUUCUCUUUUAUUUCAGAUUGGCUGAUUUCAUUAAGGGUCUGUUUUCGGACACUCGGGUCGAUCCCCAUUUAAUUUAAUUGUAAUGGCACGGAAAUGCUGGCUUGUAAUUCAUUCCCGUAUGUAUUCAUUUAACUUUCAGAUAUAUCUCUCCUUUGGUUUAUCUUGACUGCGGAUAACUCCGUUUACCUGAUCAGGAUAUGGGGCUCACGGCGGGUGUGACCGGUCAACAGGGGAUGCUUACUCCUCCUAGGCACCUGAUCCCACCUCUGGUGUGUCCAGGGGUCCGUGUUUGCCCAACUAUCUAUUUUGUAUUGCUUGUAGGAGUUAUGAGAUUGAUCACUGUUCGUUAUCUUCACCUUGCAUGCUGACUGGAUUAUAGGAGGUCUUUGAAGAAUAUUUAUUUCUGAUAUAACCCUUGUAUAUUCUGCUCAAUUUACGAACUGUUUUUCAUACCUUGGAUGUCUAGUCUUGGUUGCCGGAAGUUUAUAUGAAGUCAGUAUGAAUUCUGAUCUGGUAUUUUAGUAUAGUUUUCCUGUGGUAUCAUUUGCGAAUAUUUCUGUCCAUGAGCUCUAUUGUUAAGACGAAGUUAUUUGGAUGGAUGUUUUUGAAUUUCUAAACAGCUGAUAACAUAUUUUUGCUUCACGUCCAUGCUUAUUACAGUACUGACAUUGCAGUUUACUUUUAUCAUCUUUCCGUACAUCCAUUUCUUCAAUAUGCUUUUUUAUUUCCUCUCUCUCCUAUUCUCGAGUUUUUGUCUUAUUAUGGUUACGUUCCUUUUGGAUCUUCCCAUUCUUCUUUAGAGAAACCGUCUUUCUUUCGUUCAAUCUCUGUGCCACUUUUCAAGUUGGUGAGGAUAUGACAUCAUCGUAAUGUUCACUGCCUGUAAUACUUUCUGAAACUUGAAUUGCAGUCCACUUGAUCUACCGAUAUGUUUCCAGCCUGGUCUUCCUUCCUGUCUCCUCAAACACCACCAUGUAGGAUACUGCUUCACCAAUGUUCUUGGGUUAUUUAUGGUACUGAACUUCAAAACUUGCUUUCAUAUUUCGUAAUCCAUCCUAAAAUCUCAAUAGGUGAUAAGUUUGUGUUGCAUUGUCUCGGUUUGUGUGAGCUUUUACGUUCAGACGUUUGAGAUCCGCUGCAUAAUAUCAUUGAUUCACCAGGGUUUUGUCCUCGUCUACUAAACUGUGCAGUUUCGAUAUAUUUGAUACACAAUUACCCAGUUCUUCAAACACUUGUGGUUAUUUCACCUUGUUCUUCUUGGGAACUGACCGGAAAUGAAAUACCCAGCUUGUCUUUAAAACCAAGGUGGCAUUUUGUUUUGCCUAACAUUUGUUGACAAUGUUUUUCAAAAGUAUUGAUCCAGGCUUCCAAUGUUCUUUUCCUGUGAAAUUAUGGAUUCUAACUACUUGGAUUGUCUCAUCCUGUGUAGUACAUAUAGUUAUAUCUAUUCUCAAGCUUUCAUUACUCUCUGUCUAUUCUGCUGAAGAGAUCUCAUCUGAUUCUGAAUUAGGUUUCUUGUACUCCUUACUUUUGAAUAGCAUCCUAUAUGUUGCUGGCCGAAUAAAGUUUUCUGGUUUAUCAUUAGGGUUGUGUUCCAUCGGUUUGUGAAGUAUUUGUUGGUUCAAUUGCAUGACUUUUGGGCCAACUGCAUAUUUUCGUUAAUGAAGUUUCUUGUCAGCAAAGGAGAUUUGUUUUCUUUUCUUUCUUCUACAUGUACCACUUUCUCUAAUGCUAAGGACACUGACUUCACCGUUUCAGUCGGAUUGUUUUUGUUCUUGUCUUCUAGUCUUGAUGUAGACGCCUAAAGAGAUCUGAUAAUGUUACAAUUCUCCAAUAUUUCUUGAAUACAGUAAACCUCCACUCUGCGACUUUAUCCAGUAAGGGUGUAUCUUGAUCAUUGGCUAAGUCUCUGUCAUCUCUCCUUAGUUUUCGAUUCUGAUCUUUGUUGUCUUCUUUGUCCAGCUUUUUAGGACCUUCAGCACUGAAAAUGCCCACAUCACCAUAACCCUUUUCAUUACAGGCACGAAAAGAAAAAUUCCGGUAGCUUCGUUGUGUACUAUUUCUCAGCAUUUUAUUUCUUCAUCAUAGCUAUUUAAUUUAUGGACUUUAAUGACCACGUGAUUUAUUUUUCUAGCAUCAAUUUAGUUAACUUUGAGAAGACGUAAAAAUUUGUGAUUUAUUUAUAGCUAAGGAGACGUAAGAAUUCGAAUCUUCAAACCAAUAUAUAGGAAAAUAUACUGAUCCCACCACUGACACCAAAUAUCAUAUAACAUCUAAGCGGUCGCUUCUUAAGUAGGUGGCAAUAGUUGUCUUCCUUGGUGUACAUACUUUAUUGGGUUAUUUAUAACUCAGGUGAAGUUGGAUGCCUAAAAGUGAAAUUAAAGCCAAGUUCUUCAAUAUAGUUGUAAUAAUGAGUCUUACAAACGGAGACAACUUUGUUACAAGUUUUGUCAGUUGUCGCCAGUACAUAUUCCUCACGUAACAUGUCUGAUUCAUUACUUCUGGUUUACUAAACACGGAAAUACAGAUGGUGUGCAUUUUUGUUUCAGUGUGUCUUAUACGAGAUUUCCAUUUUCCUCUUAUACUCUUUAUCUAUUCUGACAAAAUGUCAAAGUCUUCCUCUUGGUAUAUAGCCCAUCGUCUGGCAUUUUCAACACAAUACAUAAAGUUGUGUCGGCAAUUAAACGACCGCAGUUCCCUGGCUUUGGGACAUUUUAAAAUGAAUGAUUUCAGGCCGCCAUUUUCAAUUACGUUUACAUCACCAGUAAUGCCAUGUCCAUCUGGACUGAAGUUGAAAGAAGAAGGACAUAUGGAAGGAUGUUGUUAAAGAUGGUCUGUAUAUUUGUAAGGAAAAAUAGUAUGUAGACUUGAAAUAUGAUGGCGUACGUUUUAUUUCUGAUCAAAAACAGUGCUUGUAUUGACAGCAUCUAUUCCUUUGUGUGUAAAUUAAUGCAGUUUAAGAAACCGACGGCGUGAUUCGGAAAAAAUGUUCAUCCGUAAGCGGCGGGGUUUUUUGUAAAUUGCAGUUGAAGGAAUCGUUCGACAGCUUGAAACGAAAGAUUUUUCAUUCGUAAAACGAGGCGUUUUAAUAAUAUAUCAAAUCAACAUCAAAUUAAAGGUGAAUGUUGUUAGUAGCUAAAGCGUUGUCGAUGGAUGUAAUUAUCGACGGUGUUACUCGGAAUUUGUUUUAUCUGUGACACGCGGUGAUUCAGCGUUGUAUAGAAUCGACAUAUCAAUGAAUAUUGUUCAUAGAGAAAACGCCGUUUAUAUACAUUUAUCUAUAUGUCGAGUUAAAGAAUAUGACAAGUACAGUCCUAUUCUUUUAUUCAAACAAAAUACCUAUUGUAUGCUACUUGAAAAAUAAAAUACAGUACUUAUAUUGAUCAUGUCAUUUGUUUCAACAUAUAUUGUAAUAUGAUAUGCUAUUAUCGAAAGGUUAGAGCACAGAAUAACAAUAUUCUGGAGAUAGCCAUUGCCACCUCAGAGUUCAUAAAGUACCUCCCCACAGCCUUGUGCUGAGGGGCGUUUCUGAUACCUUAUUUCAUCAUGAUUGUCUGUGGAGGACUGCCCAUCAUGUUGCUCGAGUUUGGCCUAGGUCAAUACAUGUCGAGAGGAGGUCUAAAAUGCUGGGUCAUCUGUCCACUGUUUCAAGGUAUUGGGAUAUCGACCCUCGUGAUCGUCUUCUUAUGCAGUUGUUAUUAUGUAGUGAUUCUGGCUUGGGGACUCUAUUACCUCUACAUGAGUAUGAGUUCAAUCUUACCGUGGAGUGUCUGUACCAAUGAGUGGAACACCGACAGAUGCGCAUUAUCCAGUCAGGAGUUAUCCACUCGGCUCUGUUUGGGCAACAGCAGCCUCAAUUCCACUAUGAGCAUUGGGAAACUGAAGGAGAAUUUAAUCCAAGGUGAUGUCACUCUCCACAGUGUCAACCAGGGAUUAUCCACCGCAAACUGUUCCGUCCGCAACUUAUACCCCGUGGAUCCUGCUGUUGAGUUUUGGGAAAACCAAGUUAUCCAGAUAUCUAGUGGUAUAGAAGAUGUAGGUGGAAUUGUACCUCACCUGGCCAUAUGUCUGUUAGUGAUGUGGGUAAUCGUCUAUUUCUGUGUUUGGAGAGGUGUAAAAUGGACUGGGAAGGUUGUUUACUUCACGGCCACCUUUCCUUAUUUAAUUCUGCUGAUAUUACUGGUGCGUGGCGUUACCCUUCCUGGGGCCGCAAAAGGAAUAGAAUAUUUUCUUAAACCAGACUUCACACGUCUGAAGGAUGCACAGGUGUGGAUGGAUGGCGGCUCGCAGGUUUUCUUUUCUGCAGCUGUUGCCAUAGGAGCCAUGAUAACUCUUGGAAGUUAUAACAUGUUCAACACCGAUUUUUAUAAGUGUACACUUGUCGUGGCGGCUGUGAACAGCGGAACAAGUAUCCUUGGUGGCUUUGUCGUGUUCUCUGUUCUGGGGUUCAUGGCUCAUCAACAGAAUGUCGACAUAGAUCAAGUCGCUGAAUCAGGACCAGGACUAGUGUUUAUAGUUUAUCCGAAGGCUAUUUCCCAGAUGCCUCUACCCCAGUUUUGGUCAAUUCUUUUCUUCUUUAUGCUAUUUUUGAUCGGGAUCGACAGUUUGUUUGUGAUGACAGAAUCAGCUAUGGGACACGUGAGCGAUAUGUUUCCUCGUCUGUUCUACAAGGUCAAGGGCAGAAUGAUAUUGUCGGCUGUAGCCUGUGUGAUCUGGUUCACCAUCGGUCUUUCAAUGGUAUCACGGGGAGGGAUGUAUGUGUUCCAGCUGUUUGAUUACUACUCGGCCUCUGGUAUGGUUCUCCUCUGGGUUUGCUUCUGGGAAGCUAUCGUCAUUGGAUGGAUAUUCGGGGCGGAUAAAUUCUGCGACGCCAUUGAGUUGAUGAUUGGAUACAGAAUACCAAGGCUGUUCCACUAUUGUUGGAGAUACAUUACACCUGUAGUGACAGCGGGGAUUUUUGCAUUUCAAGUGGUGACAUUUAAACCACUCAAGUACAACAACGUGCUCGACUAUCCACCCUGGGCACAAUGCUUUGGACUGAUGCUAGCUCUGGUAUCCAUGUGCUGCAUACCUGUCUACGUGAUCUUUAAACUCUUGUUUCUAAAGGGCUCCUUCAUAGAGCGCCUAAAAGAGUCAAUUAAGCCGCACCUAACAAGAAAACAACUGUGUAAAGAGUGGAUGAUAAGAGAUGAAAGCUUUUUGCUCCAGCAAAAUCAUUUCUAGGAUCGUUCCAUUACAACGUGUGUGUUGAAUGAUAUCACGUUUGCAGAUUCUGUUGAAGUGGAACCAAGCAAUUAAGAUGAUUACCGGUUACAGAUCAUUGCAAAUGUAUUUUUUCACUCAGUUUGGUAUGAAGAAAUACAUUGUUUAAAAUAAAUUGUACAUU